AUGAGUUGCCACAUAUGCACAUCUGUCCACUCCCGCUUGCCAGUUCUGUGUCCGACAUGUGCCCGCAAUCGUCUUUAUCAGCUGCGUCUCGAACACACCCAGAUACUUCUCGAGAAAGAGUCCAUAAGCAACCAAAUUCAAAUUGCAGUCACCCAUGAUCAUUCCAUGAACCAGAAUCUCAAGGCUGAGGCAGGGCUCUCAGAAACUGAUCACGACAGCUCUUGUCGCUGGGCCCUCCAGACCAUCUUAAGUCGGCAGGCUGGCUCGAUCUCCAGAGAGGAUGCUGUGGCGCAGCAGAUAAAGAAGUUGAGGGAGGAGAUUGAGGCGAAAAGGGCCGAUAUAUUGGAACGAAAGGCGCGGUUGAAUCGCAGACGUUCCGAUGCUGAAUCGGCCCAAUACCAACUUGGAGAGCGGGAGGCUGCCAUUUUGACAGGCCUGCAGAACACUACCAAGAGAACCGAGCAUCUAUGGCACACAUUACAUAGUAAAACAGCAGAAGCCCGGAUUUUCCUAUGUCGCGAGGCGGCCCAUCUGUACGGCUUGAGGCAAAAGGCAUCAAGAAAAGGCUCCACGCCAGCUCAGAUAUCUACGUCACUCUCCAACAUUGCUCUCCUGCUGGUACUCGUUUCGCAUUAUCUUUCACUGAGACUCCCCGCUGAAAUCAUUUUGCCCCACCGGAAUCACCCCAACCCAACCAUCUAUACCCCUGCCGCAUCCUACGACUUCCAUAAAUCCACCGAUGAAACUUAUAUGUCUCAACCUUCAUCUAGCCCGUCAGUUUAUCGAUCUGCAGAUACACAGCCGCAGCCGCGUCCAAGGCCAUUAUUUAUUGAUAGGCCUCUUCCACGUCUGGCCAAGGAAGACCCCGCCACAUAUGCCCUCUUUCUCGAGGGAGCUACCCUCCUUGCUUGGGAUGUUGCAUGGCUUUGUCGGGCUCAAGGAAUUAACCUAACUUCUGACUCUUGGGAAGAAGUCUGCAACAUCGGGAGUGGCCUGUGGCAGUUACUGGUUGCACCACCAGCGCAGCCAUCCACUUUGAUGCGGGCUUUCGCCGGUCGAGACACCCAGAACAAGAUGAAACCCACUAAAGAUUCUCCUCAAACCACAAUCCAGCGCAUGAAAUCUUUUCCUAUGCUGGGACACUAUUCUCACGGCACCGUUCAUUCAUUUCUCGGGGCAUCCGAGGGAUCGGAGUUUAUGCGGACAUGGAAACUGCCAACCCCAACAAAAAUCGCGGAUAAGUUAAAGUCCAACCUCCUUGGAGAGAUGGCCAGUGCAGAAUGGGAGCUGUUGGAAGAACAGGAAUGGGAGGACGGGACUCUGGAAAACCAACAACCACCGGCAGCCGAGAGCCACACCACCCGCUUGCCCAGGCCUUCCGAACGGACCCAAAGGACCGAAAUAAAUGAGGGCAAUAAUCAACCAUCAAGACCAAAGGGCACAAGUGGCUGGACGAAGCUGAACAGUAGAUAA